AUGGCUUACAAUGUGUCGUCCCUCGUGACCGCGCUGUCGGAGAGUCGCAGGUUUACCAGUUUCGCAAGCGACAGCUUCCGCCUUCUCCCGUCGCGGCAGCUCAUCAUAUCGCAGCAUGGCGACACGCUGUUCGCGCUGCCGCGCCCGAGGAGCGACAAGACCGAGGACCUGCUGCUGAGCGAGGACUUCGUUCAGGGCGAAGGCAGAGAGGUGGCGCAGGACUACUUCCAGCGGCUGGCCGUCGAGGACCGCUCCGCGGUGUGUCUGCUGGACGCCAACGAGGAGAAUCUCUAUAACGAGACUGCGCGUUCGUCGAAAUGCGUUUACUCGGCGGGUGGAUUGGCGGCGUAUGCCGUGAACCACGCGGAGGACACGCUCGCCGUGGCCCUGUGCAGCGGCAUACUGGCGCUCUACGACAUUGUUCAUGAGGGAUCUGCCGUGUCCCUCAAGAUUAAUCGCGAGUUCAAGACCAACACCCGUAACGUGACCCAAAUCUGCUUCGACUCGUCGGACGCCUACGUCGCGUGUGGAAGUGUGGACGGAGCAGUCGUCGUGUUCCACGAAGGCGCGCCUUUCGCUGCGUUCCACCACCAGCAGGGCCACAUCAGCGUUCUGCGGUUCUAUCCGAAGGGCUUGCGGCUGCUCGCCGGGACGCAAAAUGGCGACAUCGUGAUGUAUUGCCUGAAACACAAGGCGCCGAUUGCGACGUUCCAGGACCACCUGAGCGAGGUGAACGACAUCGCGUUCCUCAUUGCUGAGGACGAUGCGCAAUCCGGGUUCGUGUCGUGCGCCCGGGACUCCUACGUGUGCUUCUGGAGCCUUGACGUGAAGAAAAAGGACGUCAAGGGCGCGGUGGCCUCGCACAACGUGUUAGUCAAGAAGCCCUUCAAGCGUCUGAUGCAAUUCGAGAGUGUGAUCGGGAUAUCGAUUGUCAACCAGGGCCUGAAGAAUAAGGGUACUGCGCCGUGGGCGCUUUUCGUAGCCACCGAGUCCGGCGUGCUGAGGCUCAUAGACCCCAUAACGGAGAAAGCGCUUCUGAAAAGAACCGCCGUGUACGGCCAAGGGGACGAGCUGAGGUCGGCCACGCUGUGCAAAGCGUCCAACGAUAUAGUGGUGCUGGGAUCCGCAGGUACUCUGGCGUUCUACUCCGUCAACCUGGAGCUCCAGCACCAGCUGCUGUGCAACGUAGAUGGCGCAUUCCAGUUCCACUUGUUCCAAGGGCCGCUUGCGGUGGACGCCCGUGCGCUGAGAAGGCCGCAGGCAGAGGGCACCACGCGGAGCGACGCGCCUGCCGUCGGCAACGAAGGUAGCGUCCCGGACUCUACGAAGAAACCUUCCAAGAAGAAGGCGUCGAAAUCCGCCGACAAAAAUGCAGACACGCGUGGCAGCAGCGCAAAGGAUGCGAUGGACGUGGACUCCCCCGCGGAAUCUGGUGACACCAAAAAUGAGGUGCACUCUGCAUUGGGAAAGGUUGGCGCCGAGACCAGGGCAGGUGCUCGGGAUCUGCAGUUCUCGCAGCAAGAUUGGCUGCACUCGCUCGAGUGGUUGAACAGCCAAGUCGCUAAGUGCGUGCCGGUGGUCUUCAUCCUCUGCGGCGAUGACGCCAUUCGUCUGCUCGCGCUCGACGGCUGGGGCAGCUGCGUCACCCUCGGGCUGGCCAACGAAAAGCACCGUCACAUGGACACGGUGCUGUCGAUAGCGUACUCGCAGAGUGGCAACAUCUUGGCAUCCGGUGGCAAGGACGAGCGCGUGCUCAUAUGGGACCUGAGGACGCUCACGGCGGUCAUCACGAUCCCCCUCGAUGGUCUGAACGUGGCCUGUAUCGCACUGCCCAGCGGAAUCAGCACGGACACAACCACCUUCAGGCUGAUAGCCACGGGCAACAACGUAAUGAAGUCCUUCGAUGUGCCGACGUCCUGGGCCCUAUCGGCUCCAGAUGCGUCCACCGUCCUCUCGGCGUGCUCCAAGCAGCCCCUGUCGAUCGCCAACGCGGCUGCCACUGCGGUGAAACACAAAAAGCCGAUAAAUGCAGUUGCCUUUUCGCACAACAGGAAGGUGAUCGCCUCGGCGGGCAGUGACAAGAUCGUGGUGAUAUACGCGGCAGAGAACCUUAUUGUGAAGGGCGAAUGCGUGGGACACCGCCGAUCGGUGCUGUCGGUGGCAUUCACUACCGUCAACAAAACCGUCGUCAGCGCCUCGAUCGACUUGACCAUUAAGAUAUGGAACCUCAACGACUUCAGCUGCAUCAAGACGCUACAGGGCCACACCAAGGCUGUGAUGCGCGUCGUGGUGCUGCCGAACGACCUGCAGCUGCUGUCGGUCGGCAUGGACGGCCUGGUGAAGGUGUGGAACAUCAAAACGUCGGAUUGCAUAUUCACGGCAGACAACCACUCGGAUAAGGUGCGGUAUAAUCGACGUCUCUGUGGCAUAUCGGUGCAGGUGUGGAAUGUUGAGGUUGCGGGUUCCAACCUGAUGACCAUCUCGGGCAACGGCGUGCUAAUCUGGUGGCGCGACGUGUCGGCUGAGGUGGAGGCGAAGAAGCUGAUGGACGAGCGUGAGGAGGAGCUGAAGCGCACCCAGGUGGAGUGCCUGGCUGCGGACGGCAAGUACAGCGAAGCUCUGUGCCUCGCCAUGGAGCUGCGCAAGCCCUUAAUGGCUAGCAAGAUUUUGCAGCGGCGCGCUUCAAACCAGCUCUUCCGCGUUGAGAAGGAGAUGCCGCAGGACGAUCUUUUCAGGUCAUGGGUUGCGCACCUCAAGAAGGUGGAGGACAGGAAGAAGAUGCUGACCAUCGCGUUCGACUUCGUUCAGCUGUGGGUGUCCAAGGGCUCCACCAGCUGGAUGGCCAACUGCCUGCUGGGCGAGCUGAUCGCCCAGUUCACGCCCACCGAGCUGUUUGUGGUGGAGGGCAUGGCGCAGCGCAUCGAGAGCAUCCUGUCGCACCAGUCGUCCCACCUCACGCGCUUCCUGAACCUCUCCGAGAAAUCGCACCUGCUUGACAUUUUGCUCGGGUACAACAAAGAGCUGUCUGCCGGCCUGAACGCAGUCAAGAUCUCCCACAACAUCCUGUAUAAGUGA